AAUAGAGGAGUGAGUGAACGCGGAUCGAUCAGCUCUGAUCAAUCAGGAUGAACAAGAAGAACAGCCCAAGACCCGCGGGUGACCGUCUGAUCAUCAAAGGAGGGAAGGUUGUCAACGAUGACCAGUCAUUCUACGCCGACGUCUACGUUGAGGAUGGGACCAUAAAACAGAUAGGGGAGAACCUGAUUGUCCCAUCUGGCGUGAGGACGGUGGAUGCUUAUGGUCAGCUGGUCAUCCCGGGAGGAGUGGACGCCAACACCUCCCUGCUUGCCCCGCAAAAAGGCCUGAACCCUGCGGACGACUUCUACAGCGGAACCAGAGCGGCAUUGGCUGGAGGAACCACCACCAUCAUGGACCAUGUCCUGGUAGAGCCGGGGACAAGCUUACUGUCCGCCUUUGAUCUCUGGAAGGAGACAGCAGAGCAGAGGGCGUACUGUGACUUCUCUCUUCACCUGGACAUCACAAGGUGGCAUGAAGGACUCUACGAGGAUCUAGAGACGCUCGUUAAGGAUAAAGGUGUGAACUCCUUCCUGUUCUUCAUGGCCUACAAGGAUCGGUACCAGAGUUCUGACUCUCAGCUCUACGAAGCAUUUGGGGUCCUUCGGGAUCUUGGAGCCAUUGCAAUGGUCUAUGCUGAGAAUGGUGACAUCAUCGAUGAGGAACAGAAGAAACUUCUUUGUCUCGGCAUCACAGGGCCAGAAGGACACGUUUUGUCUCAUCCUGAGGAGGUAGAGACUGAGGCGGUGUAUCGGGCCAUGACUAUCGCCAAACAGGCCAACUGUCCUCUGUACGUUACCAAGGUGAUGAGCAAGUCUGCUGCUGAUGUCAUCGCAAAAGCCAGAAAGAAAGGUAUGGUGGUGUAUGGAGAGGCAAUCACAGCUGGCCUUGCCACUGAUGGCUCUCAGUAUUGGUCCAAAGACUGGGCAACAGCAGCUGCCUUGGUCAUGAGCCCCCCUCUGAAUCCAGACCCUUCAACCCCACAGUACCUGACCUCUCUGUUAGCAUGCGGAGACCUCCAGGUAACGUCCAGUGCUCAGGCGAGCUUCUCCACAGCUCAGAAGGCUGUGGGUAAAGAUGAUUUCACUCUGAUUCCAGAGGGAACCAACGGCAUAGAGGAGAGGAUGUCGGUGGUCUGGGACCGAGCUGUGUCUACGGGGAAAAUGGAUGAGAACGAGUUUGUGGCAGUGACAAGUACCAAUGCGGCGAAACUCUUCAACAUUUACCCUCGGAAAGGACGGAUUGCUGUAGGGUCGGAUGCAGACAUCGUAGUCUGGAACCCUAAGGAAACAAAAACAGUUUCUGCAGGGACUCACAACCUGACUGUGGAGGUCAACAUCUUGGAGGGUAUGGAGUUUCGCGGUGUUGCCUCAGUGGUGAUCUGCGGUGGUCGAGUCGUUCUGGAGGACGGAAAACUGAACGUGAAUGAAAGAUAUGGACGUUUCAUUCCCAGGAAGUCUUUCCCUGACGCCGUCUACAAGAGGAUCCAAGCACGCAGCAAGAUGGCUGAGGCUCGCGGCGUACCCCGGGGAAACUACGAUGGUCCAGUCCAUGAUGUCAUUAGUAUGACAAAGUCGGUCCCGCCCACUCCGACCACCCGUGGCCCUUCUUGUUCUAAAACCCUGACUGGCCCCCGAAACCUCCACCAGUCAGGGUUCACACUGGCAGGAGCACAGAUAGAUGACCACAUACCUCGUCGCUCCACUCAGAGGAUUGUAGCGCCACCUGGAGGACGAUCCAAUAUUACAUCCUUGUCUUAGAGCCCAGUAGUAGUCUAAGAUUUGGGUCCAAAACUGUCCGUCCCUAAACUCUCAAAAUGAAGAACUUCUAGUGGUACUAAAUGUCUUUUUAGCCCAGUGUCCAUAUUUUAACAGAAAAUAGCCGUAUACAUUUUAAUUGGUACUAAACUCUAAACUCUCCAGUUUAACCAGUAGUGAAAAGCUUUCAGCCAAUUUAUUUGUACCACUAGAACUUCACUUUAUCAAAUUAGUCCUCUUUUUAAAUCCAAAACAACCUACCAGUAGUGUUAAUCUGUAUUAUGAUGCUAAUUUAAUUAUGAAUGAACCCAACAAGAACACUGCUGCUACCUACUCUGCUAUGAUGUCCAACCCUGACACCUACGAAAAUUAUAACAAAUACUUAAUCUUUUAGAUGCUACCCUUCCCCAUCACUGCUGAACUUCAGCUUUUAACUCAAAAACAGUAAAACCGAUGACAGAUGUUUUAUAUCAAUUAUUAUUUUUACCAUAGAAUUGAAUGGUCAAACAUGACCUGAGCACUUAAACCAUAGAAUUGAAUGGUCAAAAAUGAACUGAGUGCUUGAACCAUAGAAUGGAAUGGUCAAACAUGACCUGCCCAAUUAAACCAUAGAAUUGAAUGGUCAAACAUGACCUGGGCACUUGAACCAUAGAAUUGAAUGGUCAAAAAUGAACUGAGUGCUUGAACCAUAGAACUGAAUUUUCAAACAUGACCUGAGCACUUGAACCAUAGAAUUGACUGGUCAACCAUGACCUGAGCACUUGAACCAUAGAAUUGAAUGGUCCACCAUGACCUGAGAGCUUGAACCAUAGAACUGAAUUUUCAAACAUGACCUGAGCACUUGAACCAUAGAAUUGACUGGUCAACCAUGACCUGAGCACUUGAACCAUAGAACUGAAUGGUCCACCAUGACCUGAGCGCUUGAACCAUAGAAUUGACUAGUCAAACAUGACCUGAGUGCUUGAACCAUAGAAUUGAAUGGUUGACCAUGACCUGAGUGCUUAAACCAUAGAAUUAAUAGGUCAACCAUGACAUAAGUGCUUGAACCAUGGAAUUGAAUGGUUGACCAUGGCCUGAGCACUUAAACCAUAGAAUUGAAUGGUCAAACAUGACCUGAGCGCUUAAACCAUAGAAUUGAAUGGUCAAACAUGACCUGAGCACUUGAACCAUAGAAUUGAAUGGUCCACCAUGACCUGAGUGCUUGAUAUAGAAUUGACUGGUCAACCAUGACCUGAGCGCUUAAGCCAUAGAAUUGAAUGGUCAACCAUGACCUGAGCACUUGAACCAUAGAAUUGAAUGGUCCACCAUGACCUGAGCACUUGAACCAUAGAAUUGAAUGGUCAACCAUGACCUGAGCGCUUGAAUCAUAGAAUUGAAUGGUCCACCAUGACCUGAGUGCUUGAUAUAGAAUUGACUGGUCAACCAUGACCUGAGCGCUUAAACCAUAGAAUUGAAUGGUCAACCAUGACCUGAGCACUUGAACCAUAGAAUUGAAUGGUCAACCAUGACCUGAGUGCUUGAUAUAGAAUUGACUGGUCAACCAUGACCUGAGCGCUUAAACCAUAGAAUUGAAUGG